AUGGACAUCUACGCCCGCGAGCUGGCUGCUCCUCACUCGCAGAACACGACAUAUGUAUCCCCCUAUACUCGAGGUCUGCUCGGCGUCAGGGUCAACCUCGACCGUCUCGUUACGCUGCUGCUCUGCGUCUCCAUCGGCGCAGUAUGUCUCUUCAUCCUGAUCACCCGGUUCACCCAGAUGUCGCACUCCUAUCUGCGCCAGGUCACCUCGGCCACCGCGAGUCCCAACCAGCAACGCUUCUGGGGCGCAGAACAGUCGACUCUGUGGGCUGAUAUCAAGAACCACGUCCUCUACGCUCCCCUGGGCAGGAAACGACAUAAUCGCGAGUUCAAGCUGUCCGAGGCUGUCAACGUCGGCACCCUGCCCUCCAGAUUCCACUCGGUGCUGCUGAUCUUCUACCUCCUUAGCCAGGUAGCCUACUGCUCCGUCCUGGAUUAUCGUGCAAACAACAAAGCUGCGCUGGUCGCCGAGCUCAGGGGCCGGUCCGGAAACCUCGCUGUCUUGAACAUGAUUCCCCUUUUUGUUCUGGCCGGGAGGAAUAACCCGCUCAUCCCCUUGCUGCGUGUUUCCUUCGACACGUACAACCUCAUCCAUCGAUGGCUGGGCAGGAUCGUGAUCAUCGAGUCCGUCGUCCACACCGUUGCAUGGAUGAUCAACGCCGUCGGUGCUGAUGGAUUGGAGAAGAUGUGGUAUGAUGUCUGCCAUGAACCCUUCUACAUCUGGGGCUUCGUCGCGACCGUCACCAUGAUCUUCGUCCUCAUCCAGUCUCCCUCGCCCAUCAGACACGCCUUCUACGAGACAUUCCUUCAUCUUCACCAGCUCUUUGCACUUGUCGUCGUUGUGGGCAUCUACUUUCACCUCCAUAUGGACAAUCUCCCACAGCUGCCUUGGUUCCAGUUCAUCAUCGGCAUCUGGGCUUUCGAACGCAUCAUGCGAUUUGCUCGACUCGUCUACCUCAAUGUCUCUCGCCGCAACGGCCUGACCCGCGUAGUCGUCAAGGCACUGCCCGGUGAAGCCAGCAGAGUCACCUUCUACCUCCCUCGCCAUGCCAAAAUCGCCCCCGGAAGCCAUGUGUACGCCUACCUACCACGCAUCUCACUCUGGAUGUCUCACCCUUUUUCCGUUGCAUGGGCUGAAAGCGGCUCAGGCUCGCUCCCCAAGUCUCCCAAGACAGACAAGUUCAGCGACUCCUCCAAGGCCGCCCUCAGCCGGAAGCCAUCCACAAUGUCCUCAUCCACCGCUGCCUCGUCUCCGCGUGAUCUCGAAAAGGGCCAUGGUCGAAACAUUGCACUUGCCGCCGACGACUCUCAGCCAACUUGCGUCUCCCUCAUCAUGGCCGCACGAACAGGCAUGACUCGCAAACUGUACAAUGCCGCCCUGGCGUCUCCAAACCUCACGCUCGAAACAACCGGGUUCAUCGAGGGACCGUACUCCUCUCACCCUUCUUCGUUCGGCAGCUACGGUACCGUGGUCCUCUUCUCUGGCGGCGCCGGUAUCACUCACCACCUGAUGCAUGUUCGUGACUUGCUCGCCGCCGCAGACGCAGGCACCAUAGCCACACGCCGCGUAUACCUCAUCUGGUCCGUUCGCACGACCGAGCAUCUUGCAUGGGUCCGCGGGUUUAUGGAUUCUAUUCUGCACAUGCCCAACCGUCGAGAUGUGCUCGUUACCAAACUCUUCGUCAGCAAGCCACGCAGUCAACGCGAGAUCCAGAGCCCCAGCACCACCCUCCAAAUGUUUCCCGGUCGAUGUCGGCCCGACGUGGUGCUCGAGGAGGUGCUGUCCGACCCUGUUGGCGCCACGGGUGUGAGUGUCUGCGGUCCUGGUGCGUUUGCAGAUGAAGUGCGCUCCAGCGUGAGGAAGCGGAUUGGAAAUGGACAAGUUAUCGAUUUUGUCGAGGAGGCGUUCACCUGGUGA